AUGGUAGAUCGAUAUUGGAUUGGUUUUUUUCUGGUGAUUUUUAUUGAAGUUCUAGAUGCCAGUGCCGGUGAUUCUGAUCCAGUCUACAGGGAUUGUGUUGGACAAUGUGAACAAACAGGAUGUGUGGGGCAAAGAUGUUUUUCUCGUUGUAAAUUUUCGUCUGAUGGUGACUCAAUUGAUGGUCCAUGGUAUAUGCAAGAACCUCUUUACUUGAGGUGGAAACAAUGGGAUUGCCAAAGUGAUUGCCGUUACCAUUGCAUGCUUGAUAGAGAAAAGGAAAGAGAUGUAUUUAGCCAUGGUCCUGUCAAGUACCAUGGUAAAUGGCCCUUUACACGUUUGUAUGGAAUUCAGGAGCCAGCCUCUGUAGCUUUCUCUGCACUCAACCUUGCAAUUCAUUUCCAUGGUUCAUACUAUGAAUAUGCCACUCUGUGGCAUAUCUAUGGAUUCAUAUCAAUGAACUCCUGGUUCUGGCGUGCUGUUUUCCAUAGCCGAGAUGUGGACUUGACGGAAAAGAUGGACUACUCUUCUGCAGUGGCAUUAGUGGGUUACUCACUCAUUCUACUAAGAAGUUUCAAUGUGAAGGAUGAAGCAGCAAGGGUCAUGGUUGCUGCUCCACUACUUGCAUUUGUGACUACUCAUAUAUUGUUUUUCAACUUCUAUAAGCUAGACUACGGUUGGAACAUGAAAAUUUGUGUCAUCAUGGCAGUGGCUCAGCUUCUCAUUUGGGCAAGUUGGGCUGGUAUCAGCCGCCAUCCUUCACGCCGUUAGCUGUGGGUUGGUGGCCUUGCAGUGCUCUUAGAAAUCUACGAUUUCCCACCAUAUAAAGGAUUUGUGGAUGCCCAUGCUCUUUGGCAUGCCAGCACCAUCCCUCUUACCUACAUUUGGUGGAGUUUCAUCAGGGAUGAAGCUGAGUUCCGCACCUCUAACCUGCUUAAAAAGGCCAAGUAGCUAAUUGAAAAACCAAAAAUUCUGUAAAACUUACCUAGUUUGAUCGUUUAUGGGAUUUGCAUAUUUUGUUUUCUGGCAACAAAUUUCUUUUUCAAAUUUUCAAGGGGAAACAAGCUGCUUACUCAAAA